CAGCCCUAGUCUGAGUCCUGCCGCUUCUGGAGCUGACAGGAGCAAGGAGGAUGGAACUGCAGGAUCCAAAGAUAAAUGGAGCCCUACCUGCGGGUGCUGUGGGCUACAGGCAGGAACGAGAGGGCUUCCUGCCCAGCCAUAAUCCUGCUCCUGGGAGGAAGCCAGCCCAGUUCAUGGAUUUCGAGGGGAAGACAUCAUUUGGAAUGUCAGUGUUCAACCUCAGCAAUGCCAUCAUGGGCAGCGGCAUCCUGGGGCUGGCCUAUGCCAUGGCCCACACAGGGGUCCUCUUCUUCUUGGUCCUGCUGCUGUGCAUUGCUCUUCUGUCUUCAUACUCCAUCCAUCUUCUGCUGACCUGUGCUGGUGUUGUAGGCAUCCGAGCCUAUGAGCAGCUGGGACAGAGGGCGCUGGGGCCUGUGGGGAAGGUAGUGGUCGCUGCGGUCAUCUGUCUGCACAAUGUUGGGGCCAUGUCCAGUUACCUGUUCAUCAUCAAAUCCGAACUCCCCCUGGUUAUUGGUGCCUUCCUGUACAUGGACCCUGAGAGGAGCUGGUUCUUGAAUGGAAACCUCCUCAUCAUCAUUGUCAGUGUGUUAAUUAUCCUGCCACUGGCCCUCAUGAGACACUUGGGCUACCUGGGGUAUACCAGUGGUCUUUCUCUGACCUGCAUGCUGUUUUUCCUCAUUUCGGUCAUCUAUAAGAAGUUCCAGCUUGACUGUCCUGUGGGCCGCAAUGAUACAGCAGCAGAGAGUAAGAGCCCACUGGGGCUCAACAGAAGCUGUGAGGCUCAGAUGUUCACAGUGGACUCACAGAUGUUCUACUCAGUGCCCAUUAUGGCUUUUGCCUUUGUCUGCCACCCUGAGGUGCUGCCCAUCUACACGGAGCUCUGCCGGCCUUCCAAGCGCAGAAUGCAGGCUGUGGCCAACGUGUCCAUCGGUGCCAUGUUCUGCAUGUAUGGGCUUACAGCCACCUUUGGAUACCUCACCUUCUAUAGCAGCGUGAAGGCGGAGAUGCUACAAAUGUACAGCCAGAAGGACCUGCUCAUCCUUUGUGUGCGCCUGGCGGUGCUGCUCGCGGUGACUCUCACUGUGCCAGUUGUGCUGUUCCCUAUUCGCCGGGCCUUGCAGCAGCUGCUAUUCCCAAGCAAAGCCUUCAGCUGGCCACGGCAUGUGGCCAUAGCCCUGAUCCUGCUUGUCUUGGUCAAUGUUCUUGUCAUCUAUGUGCCAACCAUCCGGGAUAUCUUUGGGGUUAUCGGGUCCACCUCAGCCCCCAGCCUCAUCUUCAUCCUUCCUAGUGUCUUCUACCUCCGUAUUGUACCCUCUGAGGUGGAGUCCCUCUCCUCCUGGCCCAAGAUCCAGGCUCUGUGUUUUGGUGUCUUGGGGAUCCUCUUCAUGGCAAUCAGUCUAGGCUUCAUGUUUAUCAACUGGGCCACAGGCCAGAGCCGUGUAUCUGGACACUGACCAUGCCCUGCUUCAGCUAGACUCCUGCAUGCAUGUGCCUGUGUGUAUGGAGGAAGAUGGGGCACUCUCCCAGGUCCCUCCUGCCUGGUGUGUGAAGGUGGCUGUUUCCCAUUAACAUGGCUAUUGGAGGUAGGGGAUUGCAGAGGCUGCAGAGUGGUCCACUCACUGUCCUCCCCAGGGAUGCUGAGCUUGAAUCAUGGUCAGGAGGCCAGGCCCUUGGGGAACCCCUGCCCAGCCCAGUCCUUUCUGCCUCCUCCUGGCAGAAUUACCCUCAAGUUAAAAGGGAAGAAUAAAGAUCCUGAAUUGCAA